AUGUCUCAACAACAGGAGCAUCAUAGUACACACGAUAAUGAACACGAGUUCGUUGAAGAGGCGGUUUUCAAGUAUGUUUCUGGUCCUAUAACAGGUGUGGCAGAAUCAGACAGCUCUACAGUUGCUGUUCAAAGUGCCAGUCGGGGGACAUCUACAGCAGGUACGACCACUGCAUCUUCAGCAGUGGGUGGGGCUAAUCACGAGGAGAUGCGUGGUGGGGUUCAUAGGCUUGGUGAUGAUGGGAAGGUGAAGGUGAAGGAGAUGGAUUGGUAUUUGGAACACAACGAGGAUGAGGAGUUGCACAGUGGGUCGGUUGAUGUGGCAGGGGGAUCUAGAGGUGGUUCUGAAAGUGGUGGGAAGGACGCUAAUGCGGCGGCAGCUGCGGUGGCGGCGGCCGCAGUAGCAGCUGCGUUGGGUCAAAGGGGUGGCAAGAGACGUGGUUCUAAUGAGGAGUCUGUGAGGAGGAUUAAGAAACAGAAGCCUAAAUCCAAGAAAAUCAAGUCUCAGCUUGCAGCUGUAGAUCCGGAGCUUGCUUCUUUGGAUAAUACUGAUAAUGAUCAGUUAGUGCGCAAGGCUAUUAUGGAUGUUGAUAAUAUAUCGCAGCACCCUGAUAUUCAGCAGUAUCUAAACACGGAGGAUGAAGCGAAUGAAAAGGAGAAGAAUAAGGAUGUGGACCUUAACCUACCUGCAGCAUAUGAGGAUAAUGAGCCGAAAAUUGCCUUGAAAAAGGCCGAAGUGUUACCAAAGAUAUUAGAUCCAGACUCCCCAGACCGUGAUAUUAGUAAUCUCAUUAGAGAGGCUGUCAAGAAGGCUGCCCAUAUUAUUAAUCCCCAGACGCAGUCUACUGGUAAAUCCUUUGACGAAACAGAAGAGGAAGCCUUAGAACAGUUUGUCCAAGACUACCAAGUUAUUAAGGGUAUGACUAGAAGACAAAUAUGUGAGAGGAUUUGGAGCAACGAAAGGAGGAAAGACGACUUUUGGACCAACAUUUGUAGAGUCUUACCUUACAGGACCAGGUCCUCGAUAUACAAGCAUGUUCGUCGUAAGUACCACAUCUUUGACCAACGUGGGAAGUGGACUCCGGAAGAGGACGCAGAGUUGGCCCGCUGGUGCAUGGAAAAAGAAGGGCAAUGGUCCAAUAUUGGCAAAGUAUUGGGAAGAAUGCCUGAGGACUGCAGGGAUCGUUGGAGAAACUACAUAAAAUGUGGUGCCAGUAGAGCUUCUAACAAGUGGUCUCCGGAGGAAGAAGAGAAGUUGAAGACUGUAAUCACUGAGAUUUUAGAGUCUGCGCCAAAAGUUAUUGAGGACCUUGAUGGGGAUAAGGAUGAUGGCUAUGAAACUGCUGAUGAAAAUCGCGACACAGCAGAUCCAGGGAUUUCGUCGGCAGAAAAUGUUAUAGCUCAUAACAUUAAACUAGCUAAUGGAGAUGUUGGUAGCGAGAGUGACAAGAAUAGCAAGAGUAACACAUCAUUGACGAACAAAUCCAGUUCCCCAAGAGAUGUGAUCAACUGGACCAUUGUUAGUGAGCGUAUGGGCGGUAGAAGAUCCCGUAUACAAUGUCGCUACAAGUGGAACAAGCUACUGAAGAAGGAAGCUAUGAAUAAGAUCAAAACUAUAAGUGAUGAAGACAAAACAUGGUUGUUGGUUAAGUUGAAAGAUCUGGGCUUUACGGAAGACUCGCAAGUGGAUUGGGAGGAACUAUCCGCAUUGAUGCCUGGUAGGAGAUGGACAGGCACCGAGUUGAAGCUAUGCUACGAGAAGUUGAGAACUAGCGUCCGUCAGUAUAAAAAGAAACCCAUAAGCGAGAUCUGCAGAGAGUUGGUGGACUAUAACGACGGACCGACUAUUUUGUCGAAAAACUGA